CAUAAAAUUACCUGGGCACAGGUGCUCAUGCUUCAAGCAGCUGCGCUUCUCUCCCCACCUGAGUAAAGAAAGCAAAGAUGUCAUGUCUAAACUUCUAGAGGAAAGCCCCAGACUGAGGCUUGGAGUACGAAGCAACAUCAGGCUUCACCCAUUUUUUGGAGCUAUAAAUUGGAGGCAUUUGGAAGCCAAGGCCAUUCCACCCCCAUACAAGCCACAGAGGGGGCCAGCUGAGAACCCCCUUUGGAAUGUCCGGAAGAAGCAUUUCUCUUUUAUGGAGCCCAUGAAGUAUCACACCUUUUCAGGAGACAGCUGGUUUAUACCGAACUUGUCUUUCACAAGCUCCAAAUUGAGAGACUAUUGCUAGGCUCCAUAUUUAAUACCAGGGUAGGGAAGGAGGGUCGGAGUCAGAACACGUACUCCCGGAAUAUAUAGUAAGCACAAUCUUAAUUAAUCGCUAUCGAUACGUUCCGUUUC